ACACUGUAGCCACACACAACAGCUGGUCAAAACAUUUUCGCAACUGCAGUUUUCCAUUUUAUUAGCUUCAAAAUUAGUUGAUGAAACUGCGGCUUAAUCAUGGAGAUUCCGGAUACGUACUACAGCAAAGACGAAUACGUGGAGACGGCCUCCGGGAACAAAGUCAGUCGCCACACGGUGCUCUGUGGAUCGCAAAACAUCGUUUUGAAUGGCAAGGUGAUCGUACAGAGCGGCGCCAUCAUACGCGGCGAUCUGGCCAACGUACGGACGGGUAGAUACUGUGUGAUUGGCAGGGAUUCCGUCAUCCGGCCGCCGUACAAACAAUUCAGCAAGGGCAUCGCCUUCUUCCCCAUGCACAUCGGUGAUCAUGUGUUCGUGGGCGAGGGAGCCGUCGUCUCGGCGGCCACCAUUGGUUCCUGUGUUUACAUUGGCAAGAAUGCGAUUAUCGGACGUCGCUGUGUUUUAAAGGACUGCUGCGUGAUUGAGGAUGGCGCUGUCCUGCCGCCAGAAACCACUGUGUCCAGCUAUAUGCGCUACACGGCGAGGGGCACCAUCGAGGGUGGGCAGGGCAAUCCGUACUUUGUGCCCGCCGCCAUGCAGGACGAGAUGAUCAACUACACAAAGUCAUUCUACGAGCAUUUCGUGCGUGCUCCAGCACCAGCCAGCUGAAAAUCAUAGGUAUUAAUAUGGAAGGAAUAUAUGCCCGCUGCUACGCAUUUUGUAAAUAUUAUUAACAUAAACUAAUGCACGCAUUCAUAUUAACAGAAAGCUGCAGUGGUUGCUAUCAAUUCCAUCGAGUUACCACGGAAUCAUCAGCCCGACAGUAAAUAUUAUUUAUGAAAUAAACACAUUAGGUAUUCUAUAAGUA